UUAAAUAAAGUUUCAUUUUGAAUGCGCUUCGUGUUUCUGGCAUCAUGGCGGCUGUUAUAUUGAAGAAGGUUGUCAGUGUGGGUUCAGGGAUUCUGCAGUCUUCUUUUUACAUAUCAAAUCAGGUGUUCAGAAACCCCGGGGGUUUGGCAGAACAGGUCAGGGGGCGGUAUGUGAACUGGAGGAUGUUGCGAGAUGUGAAGAGGAGAAAGAUGGCCUAUGAAUAUGCAGACGAGCGCCUGCGCAUCAAUGCAAUUCGAAAGAACGUCAUCCUGCCCAAAGAGCUACAGGAGGUCGCAGACAAAGAGAUUGCCUCCCUGCCACGAGACAGCUGUCCAGUGCGCAUCCGGAACAGGUGUGUGCUGACAUCACGGCCGCGGGGGGUGAAGAGGAGGUGGCGGCUCAGCCGCAUCGUGUUCCGUGACCUAGCUGACCAUAAUCAGAUGUCUGGGAUCCAGCGUGCCAUGUGGUGACACCUCAUUUUGGGAAAAGCGAAUCAGUGGACAUUUCUGGUCUUUUUGGAGGCCUUGUGAAGAUUUCCAGAAGUACUGGCCUUUGUUUGUGAUAAUAGUGACAAUAAAGCAUGUACAUACACCA